CUGUAUUCAGGAAAGAAACAGAUAAUCUACUUCAAAGUGUGCACUUACUGCUGCUUAUGAGGUGUCUUUUUUCAGACCAAUAGGUGCAUUUGGAUCAAGAAAUGUUAGAGACUCCAGGUCUUGAAGUCUUGUGUUCCAUCAUUUUGAUAUUGUGAAUUUUUCUGAAUGGGUCAGUAUUCAGCCCAGCCUGUUAAUAGACUUGUCUUUUGGAUAACUCUGCCAGAUACAACUUUCUUCCCAGGCUGAACUGACCGGGAUACACAACAUGCACAACAGCACUGCCAGAACUCUGUAUGUGGCUGCAGCGUGUAAUGAGACUCGGCCCACCCAGUCACCGAGCUCUGAGUUUUCCCUGGGCGUGUUGGUGCUGCUGGCUUUCCUCAUGGUGUUGCUAUGUCUGGUCACCAUCCUUGGAAACAUCCUGGUGAUCCUUGCUUUCAUCCUGGACAGAAACCUCAGGCAUCGGAGUAACUAUUUCUUUCUCAAUCUUGCUGUUUCUGACUUUGCAGUGGGUGUGUUCUGCAUACCUCUCUACAUCCCGUACAGCCUGACGGGAAAGUGGCACUUGGGAAGAGGCAUCUGCAAGCUCUGGCUAGUUAUGGAUUAUCUCCUGUGCACAGCUUCAGUAUUUAACAUUGUUCUUAUCAGCUAUGACCGGUUCCUGUCAGUUACUCGAGCCGUAUCUUACAGAGCCCAGCAGGGAAUAACCUCCAACCCUGCCAUCAAGAUGGUGGCCAUAUGGGUCUUAGCCUUUCUCCUCUAUUGCCCAGCAAUCCUCUUUUGGGAGCACGUGGCCGGACACAGCGCAGUAGCGGCAGAUCAGUGCUACGCCGAGUUCUUUGACAACUGGUACUUCCUCCUGUGUGCAUCCACCCUGGAGUUCUUUGUGCCACUGCUCCUGGUGAUCUACUUCAAUAUGCACAUCUUCCACAGCAUCCAGAGGCGCCAGCGGCAAGGCAGUGUGCAGGACUGUGAGCCUCCAAGGAGCAGCAGCCUGUCCUGGAGAUUUUGCCCUUUGCCAAGGUCAGGGGCAUCUUCUCCUUCCUCAGAAGCAGAGGACAGUGUUUCUUCUUCCAUGAGACCAAAGAAAGAGUCUUUGGUAACCGACUGCUCAUCUCCAUCAAGAGGGAAUUCUGUUACUCCAGAAAAUGAAUUUUCUGUUUCCCUCUGUUCAAAGACUAGGUCAAAACUGCAGCAGGACAAGAAAAUCGCGAAGUCACUUGCCAUAAUUGUCUGUGUGUUUGCCAUUUGCUGGGCCCCAUACUCUUUAUUAAUGAUUAUUCGUGGGGCCUGCCAGGGAACUUGUGUCCAUAAUGCCCUGUAUGAAGCAACUUUUUGGCUUUUAUGGAUCAAUUCCUCUCUGAAUCCAUUUCUCUACCCUCUAUGUCAUGUUAAAUUUAGAAUGGCUUUUCUGAAAAUAUUGUGUCCCAAAAAGUUUGCCACAUUGAGAUCAGGAUCUUUUUAGAAGGAAAAAAGAAAAAGAAGAGCUGGAUGAGGAAUGUAAAUGGCCACAGUUUGAAAUUAGAUUUAGUCUCUUCCAAGAGACUAGUCUAGUUGGAAAGUCUAAAUAAGCCUUCUGUGAAAUGUCCUCCUUCAGACAAACACGCAUGCCCAAGGUUUAUGGACUUUCCCCAGCUAUUUCAAUUGGCCACUUCAAGACUAUUGCCUCUAUCUGACUUUGCCUAGUAGUCUAUCCAUGUUAUCUUAAUUCUGGUUGCUGAAGGUACUAUCUUCAGUUGCACUACAACUUAUAUUUGUGUUUAUGUUUGAUAUUAGUUAAAAAUACAAUGAAACUGGGUAUUUGCUGUAGUAUUCUAAAGUUACUACCUUCUCUGUUCUAUUUCUUUUGAACAAUUUGUAUUGCAUUCAGAAUCUAAUUUUUCCCUACAUCAAACAUCCAGUUAAGUUAUGAGUUUUAUUGCCAGACACCUAACAGGAUUAUUUAGUUUCACUAAAGGGUUUUGGCCAUUUUUCAAAAACUCGAGUGUAUGUGUUCCCUGUAGAAGAGCAUUACUCUGUGCAUAUGCUCAGAUGCAGCAGUAGAGAAUUUAGGUGUGUAAAGCAUUUAUGUGAAUGUCCAGCUAUUCUUCAAGAAACAAGCCUUCUAUGGCUGUAGUUUUGAGAGAUCAUAGGAAAGCAUAGUAUUUGUUCUUACUCCUUGAGGGUUAAAAUCCACUGCUGCUGGCUGAGGGAAGGUGUGGUGGUGCAUCCCAACUUCCCCACAGGCAACACUGUGAUCUGAGAAAUGUUCAUUAGGCCUCAGCUGAAGAUGGGAUACAACAGAUGAAAAGAACAUAAUGCGAAGAAUGCAUAAAAGAAAUAUAUAAUUUAAAAAAAAAAAAAGACCAAAAGGGAAGAAUCUUAAUUCUGCUAUUUUUAAAUUUUUAAAAUACUAGGAAACACUGAUGGAUGGUCAGCCUUUUGGGAAUAAACUUGUGCAAGAUUCGGGUGUGAAGUACUGAGGAAGAAGAGUCAUCCUUACACCUGCAGGUGAAAACAUGAAUGUGAGUUCAGUGUCAGGAGAAUGAUAGCCAGGGACACAGCCCUUAUUUGCCUGUGUAAUCACUAAUUAAUUAAAAAAACAGCAUUAUGACAGAUCCAAUAAGAAGAUGUUGGUAUCAUCUCCAAACAGACCACGUGAUUACUCAGCCCAGCCAGGUCUUGUUCCACUGUCACACUCAGCUGUUGAGGUGAAAAGUUACAUCCUUCUAAAGACUUUGGCCUAUUAUAAUUUCCUUUGAUUAUUUUUUCCUUCCUGUUACAUUUCUGUUUGACCUAACAGAGGCUAAAAUGCAAACUUACGAAGCCUCUGGUGUAACUGAGUUUACAAAAGCAUAUUGGUUUUUCUAUCUCCUCUCCAGCAUUCUUUGAAUAGUCUUCUUUCUUGUUAUUUUGACUAAAUGUCAUCUUUUUAGUCAAUGCCUAAACAGCAAUGGCCAUUUUAGGAUCUUGGCCAAUGAGCUGGGCUUGUAAUUACUGCUAAAAGUGAGCAGAUAUAUAUAUCCAAAGCAGAUCAGAAUAUAAAACACAAGUGCCAAUACACCCAUCUGUUUUCCUUAAGUGCAGUGUGUACCAGCCUUUUACCCUGCAAAGCUUUUGUCAUUCUUUUAAAAUGCAGCUUUUAAAGUCAGUAAUGAUGAAUGUGUGCAAACAGAUCCUUUUGUGCCAGCUUUUAGAACAAAUGGCUCCUUAAUGUUUAUGAGACAUGCUUUUGAUAGUGUUAGCAAUAGGGAUUCAAAUAUGUUAUUCUGAGGAUUCAAAUAUCUAGUUCUGGUUAGGUUUUUAAAAUGAUAUCUUUUGAAAUUUAGCCAUUGCCAUGUGUAGAUAAGGACACACACUCUUAUAUUUAUGACGUUAUAUUUUUUUUGUUCUUCCUCGCUCAUGUCUUAUAGUCUGGACUCAAUGAUCUCAGAGGUCUUUUCUAACCUAGUUGAUUCUCUGAUUCUGUCUUUUGCUUGCUUCUCAUACCAGCCUGCUCUCUGGUUGUACCAGCUCCUUGGUACAGGCCAGAAAACCAGCUGGAUGCUGGUAUUAUCAACAGGGACUUAUUUAUAAGCUGCCUGAGGCCUUGUGAAGUCAGUGACAGUGCCCUGUGCAAAGGCAAGGAAAAGCAAGUUGAGUUUAGUUGAUAAAAGCCUAGGUCGUCUGAGGGCAGUGAAACAACUAACGCUCCCUCCAUUUGGGCUGACUUGAUGUGUUAAAAGUUGUCAGAAUCAAUACUCCAACAGGACAGCGCUUCUUGGUGCAAACUUGGUUUUAGGGGCAUGGGCAGACAUUUCAGGAAUAUCUCUGGCUCAUUUCUGGCACCCUCUGCAACUGU